ACUUUCAACCAGGUUGGGGGCUGUUUGCAACUCGUUGACAAACCCUCGCUGACGGCCUGAACGAGUUUCUUUACGGUAUUUUUUUGAUUGGGUGUGUGGGUGGUGGAAGACAAGAGCAUACUGUUGUUGUUCUGUUGUUGUUGUUCCGUCUGGCUCUUGAGCACACAACCUGGCAAACCCGCGCGAGUGUCCAAUUUUAUCGCCUCCCGCCCCAGACUGGUCAUAUUUGACUGAUAACCAUGGCCAGGACGUCCAAGCUUCACUCCACAAAUAUUGGCCCAUAUCCUGCACACCGCAUACAGACCCAUCUGCCAGCGGCAUCGCACAUUGCUCCGUCGGCAGAGUGCUGCAUACUCUCUAUUCCACGAUCCAUAGAAUUCUAUGACCUUCCCCCUGAACUGAGAAUCAGAAUCUUUAGGUUUUUGGAGGAAGAUGAAUUGCGUCGGUGCCUGGGUGUAUGUCGGCAGUGGAGGAACGAUGCGAGUGAUGGUUCGCUGUGGGGGGUUAUUGAUUUGAAGAGGUACACGCGCCCAGUGUCGGAACAGUAUGUUAAAUGCCUGGUCAAACGAGCCGGCACAUUUCUGCAUACUGCGAAUUUUCGAAAUUGUAACCCGCCUCUCCACCUCCUCCCUUCCAUUACGCAUCUCAGCCUAGUAGGAUGCCAUUCUGUAACCUCGUACACUCUCUCAGACUUUUUGUCUGUGCGUAACACGGUGCUCCAGACACUCAAUCUAUCGUCACUCCAAUGUAUUGGGACCGUACAUCUUCUUCUUAUCGGUCUGAAUUUUCCAGGGUUGCAGGACCUGGAUGUAGGAUGUUGUCCCGGCGUGGAUGACAAGGGACUUGUCAGUGUUGUUAGAGGAUGCAAGCAACUGAGGAGGUUCAGGUCUCCUGGCUGCAUCAAUGUAGGAGAUGAAGGAGUGCAGGCGCUGAUGGGGCUGGCAACAUUGACACAUUUGAAUAUCUCCCAUUGUUCAAAUGUGACUAAUUUGGCAAGAUCGGGAAGGUCGAUGCUGACACAUCUUCAACUCUCGACCCUUCAACGACUGGCACUACAGAACUUCUACCAUCUGCCGCGGAGCAUAACUCACCUUGUUCUUUCAUCCUCUCCGCACCUUACCGAUAUUGAAUUGGACGCAAUUUCCCGGCUCCCACUGAGCCACUUGGAUCUGGACUCUUGCGGACUCAUUUCCGACCGGACAGCACAUUACCUCUGCGCACAUCAAACCAAAGAUACCCUUUCCUACCUUUCACUUGCCUCCACGUCCGUCACGGCGGCAGGCAUCUGCACCAUUCUCCGAUACUGUUCCAAUAUGCAACAUCUCGAUGUCACCUCUACAGCUGCGAAUGACUCGGUUCUUAAACUGCUAGGCUACCUUCAUGCAAAAACCGGAUCUGGUGAAUUCAAGUUACGAUGCGUAGAGGUUGUGGAUUGUGUCGGGAUAACAAAGGAGGCCGUUCUAAGAGCUAGGGCUUGCGGGGUUGUGGUCAAGAGCUUCUGGAAUGGGGAAGGUACGAGGGCCGGCAGUGGACAGCAAAGUCCCGGAGAGAGACAAGCAGGUGAACAGAGGAGAAGAGUGAGUAGUGGAGCAAUAAGUAGAAGGAGGGUUUGUGUGAUCUUGUGAUAUUUGUAGAGGUUCUCUGUGUUUGGUUUUCCCGACAGUCUUUUUUUUUUUUUGGCGUAUGCUGUCGUUAGUUAGUCAUGGUUUUGAGUGAAAAACUUUUUCUAUGCUAGGUAUUCAGUUUGCAAUAAUUCAAGUCAUUAAUGAGAAAUGAGAUGGGGC